ACAGAGAGAGAGAGAGAGAGCGAGCUGGUUAAUGAUCCCAGGCUGUACUUUUCAUUCUGCUGCUGCGCUCUCAUCGCUGGCUGAUCGUCUCUCUGAUCUGCAGCUCGACUCGACACUGUUUGGAUUUAAAAACACAAACUUUGGAUUUUGCCAUUUUUUUGGGAGUUAACAGUUUUUAACUUUUUUUACUUUUGGACGUAAACAGAAGUCUCGUUAAAGAAGUCGAGGAUUUUCUUUUUGCAUUUGAUAUUUUCUUCAGUCUGAAUCCUCCUGCUGCGCCUCAGUGGACCGUGUUUACUCCAGGUGGGGAAUAUUUGGUUUUUUUUGGCCGUCUGUGUGCUGGCAGCGGUGCAGUUUUCGGCUGAAUGCCCCAGGAUUACCCGCAGGCUGCAGUUCCUCCUCCGGCCUGCAGGGCGGCAGCAGAGAGCAGCAGCAGGAGCAUCGGCAUGAGUGACUUCUGGCACAAGAUGGGCUGCUGCGUGGUGGCCAAACCUCCACCGAAGAAGAAGAGGAGGAGGAUUGAUCGCACUAUGAUCGGAGAGCCGACAAACUUCAUCCACCUCACACACAUCGGCUCCGGAGAGAUGACAGAAGGCCUUCAGCCGUCGGGUUCGGUUCAGGAGCAGAUGAGAUCUAAAGGCCCAAAUAUGAACGGCAGGAACAGUCUGUUAUAGCCGGACUAUAUGAACUGAUGACCCCCCCGCUCAGUCAGCUGACUCUUCGCUCUUCUUCCUCUGAUCUCCUCGCUGAUGCCCCCCCCCCUGGCUGCAGGGGGCGCUGACCCUAAAACACACACUGCCCCCCCCCCACAUCGCCCCCCAGCGGAGGAUCAUCGGACAGAGAACGAAUCUCACUGUCGACUUUUUUUACGAGCCUGGAUUAAAGAUCACCUGACCCUGAAAACUAAAGGCAAAGACUACAACUCCCAGCAUGCCUUGCAGCGUCUCUACAUUUAAAACACCAAAUUUAAAACAAAAGAAAACCGUAUUGAAAAAGUAUCGGAAACGUCUGCAUGUGUUUCACCACUAGAGGGCAGAAGACACGAGGACGCCCCCCCCCCCCCCGUCAGUAUUAAAAUAAAAACAUGACAUCACUGGACUCCAUUACCCAGAAUGCCUCUCUGUUCUCUGCAGGAUUCCAGAUCAAUGACAGAAUGUCUGUAUUUAAGGCUCCAAAGUCUUUCAGAUUCUCACAGGAUUAAUUAAAGACUGCAUUUCCCAGCAUUCAGAGGGGCCAACACACCUAUAGUACAUUUGACUGCAUUUCCCACAAUUCUUCACUUCAGCCCUCAAUGCUGGUGGAAAGUUUUUUUGUCCUUUUUCAUUAUCAGACUUCAUUUCCCAGGAUGCUUCACUCUGCUCUGCGUUCGGCUUGUAAAGGAUUAUUACCCCCACCCCCCACUUCCUGUUUCCUACCCCACCGCCUCACUGAUGACAUCAUUGGACUUUGACUCCCAGGAUGCUUCACUCAGCCCCCCCCACCCCCCCUCAGUGCUGAGUGAUUCAAGACGGGAAAGUCCCCGAAUCCCCAAAAGCUGAAAGCAACACUGGAGACUGGACUCUGUGUGUGUGUGUGUGCGUGCGUGUGUGUGUGUGUGUGUGUGUGUGUGUGUGCGUGCGUGUGUGUGUGUGUGUGUGUGUGUGUGUGUGUGAUGUCAUAUGGUCUCAAUAUUCCAGCAGUUUAAGUUUAGUCGUUGCGGAGGAGUCGACACAGAAAUGACUCGUUUUCCUUUAAAAGUUUCAGAUUUUAAAGCAUCAGUGAUAAUCAGUGUUGGUAAGAUGAUGAUAAUAAAUCAGUUAAACUAGUUUUAAAGCAGCAUCAGGUUUGUUAAAAUGUACAUUUAGUAUUUGUGUUGGUUUUAUGGGAGAUAAAUUCAAACUGAACUCAGCGGCUCCGCAGCAAGACAUCAUGGACGUCCGUAGCAGCAAGACAUCAUGGAGGUCCGAGUUACGCCCAGUUCAAUAUAAUCAAUAUAUUAAAGUAAGACUAGUAAAGUAAGACUGAAUGCUCCUGAAAAUGUCUAAUGGUGUAACCACAAAAUAAUGAUAAAUAUUACAUAUUUUAUGACCCACAGUGUAUUUAAGUGGACUUAUAAUAAUAAUGACUUCAUUUAAAACAUGUAAAUGAAAAGAAAACUUAAAGCAUUUUGUCACAUUGAUCAAAACAUUUCCUAAAAACAAACAUUUGAUUUAAGAUGUUGUGGAUUUUAUUUAUUCCAAAUUUAUGUUGAUAUUUAUGUUCCAGUAUGAAUCAGAUCUUUAUGUUGGUUACACCAGGUGACACUGUGCUGCAUCACAUCUUUGACCCGUAUUCAACCUGUUUCUCCCUCAAAGAGUCAGCUGACUGAUCAUUUCGUUCUCGAGUGUUUAACUGCUUUUAUUUAGAUUUGAUUUGAACCUUUUUAAUCAGACGUAGUGUUGAAGCAGAGCAGUGAACAGCGUCCGGAGUUCAAGGUGGAAGAAGAUAAAUGUUUAAUAUAUAUUUGAUAAAGUAAAAUAAAAUAGUUUUAUAGAUUAUAAAGAGAAUCACAAACCAUUGGAGUCGCUCAGAUCCAACCAAACUCUGGACAAUUAUUCAGUAUUUAAAACAUAAAUCUAAAUUUCAAGUUUUUAUUUGUUCAUUUAAGUGUUAGAAUUAGUUUUCUGUUUAUUUUUUAAUGUCUUUUAGUCUCAAUGUUUCAGUGUCAGGUUUGUAAUUCUGGUUUUAAAUCCAAAUUCUGCCUAAAAAAAAAAAGAUAUUUAGUCUAAUAAAUAUCUGGCUGUAAAGAAUGUGAACAUUUCCAUACUUUUAAUGAUAAAACUAUCAAUUUAACACAGAUUAGUGUUAGUUGUAUUAAACGAUAACCAGGUCUGAUGGUUAAUGUUUAAUCCAUUUAAGUAUUUCCAGAUGAAUCUAUUGAUCUUUAUGUUGCUUUAAUGUUAUUAAACUACGUCAGCAGCAGAAAUGCGUCACGUUGAAUCUUAAAUGAUGUAAAACUCAAACGUCUGUAAACUCUCAGCUGUGAUUAAAGGGUCAGCUGAUCCAUCCCCAAAACCACAGCUGUUGUCUACUGUACUUCAGGCGGUUGCCAUGGAAACGUCUGAGUCAGUCUGUGUUCCCCUCGCCAUGGCGACCGGCCACUUCCUCCCUGCGGCCGAGGCUGAAGAAGCCAAAAACAAAAAGUCUAUUUAAGGAAAAUCUGAGCUGCGCUGCGUUCACUGGACUCCUCAGAGAGUGGGACGUUUGUAAACUCCAUCCGUCAACUCUUCUCCAGUAGUUUUCCACUAUCAUUUAUUUAAACAGGUGACCAAGAAUCAAGCAUUAAUUCUACAGAAAAGGUUUUAAUAUUUCAAGAGAGUGUAAAAAACCCUCUGAAUGAACAGUUAAUAGUUUUAAUAAGAUAGUAGUUAUGAGGAUGUAUUGUUAUGAUGUAGCAGUGAAGACUGAUGGCUCUAAUGGUUAUACAAUAAACCCC